AGACACAGAAUUGGAAGCAGGCUCCAGGCUCUGAGCUGUCAGCACAGAGCCUGACACGGGGCUCGAACCCACGAACCGUGAGAUCAUGACCUGAGCUGAAGUCGGAAGCUCAACGGACUGAGCCGCCAGGUGCCCCGUCAAGGAAUUCGUUUUAGAAGCAGUCAUAUCCACACUCCACCCUGCGUCUUGUGGCUCCAAGGCCGACUUGGGUGGCCAGAGCUGGAUGGGCAUGGCAGAACCCCUGGCCGAGCUGUUCCCAGACAUCAUGCUAACUGUUGAGGAAACAGAGCUUUGGGGGAGCCAGAAACUGAUCCAUCACAAAGCUCCUAACAGAGCUUGUGGGGAGAGCCCCCGGGGGCUGGCCAUGGGGUAGAUGACCUCCUCCCCGCUGUCGGGCAGGGACUUGGCCUGUGCAAAGCCAGUGAGGACUCCAGUCCUUGGAACGUUCCAAGAACUGACUAGUGCAGAAGCUCCCGCUUCCGUAUCCAGGGAAACUGAGGCACAGAGUUGUUGAACCUCAGGGGACCCCAUUCCCGAGGAACUCUACAAGAUGCUGAGUGACCACUCAAUCCGCUCCUUCGAUGACCUCCAGCGCCUGCUACACGGAGACUCCGUAGACGAAGACAGAGCCGAGUUGGACCUGAAUUCGACUCGAUCCCAUUCUGGAGGCGAGCUGGAGAGCUUAUCCCGAGGGAGAAGGAGCCUAGGCGAGGCUGCAGGUUCCCCGACGGUCGCCGAGCCAGCCAUGAUCGCCGAGUGCAAGACCCGCACGGAGGUGUUCGAGGUGUCCCGGCGCCUCAUAGACCGCACCAACGCCAACUUCCUGGUGUGGCCGCCCUGCGUGGAGGUGCAGCGCUGCUCCGGCUGCUGUAACAACCGCAACGUGCAGUGCCGUCCCACCCAGGUGCAGCUGCGGCUUGUCCAGGUGAGAAAAAUCGAGAUUGUGCGGAAGAGGCCAGUCUUUAAGAAGGCCACGGUGACCCUGGAGGACCACCUGGCGUGCAAGUGUGAGACGGUGGUGGCUGCACGACCCGUGACCCGAAGCCCGGGGAGCUCCCAAGAGCAGCGAGCCAGGACACCCCAGACUCGGGUGACCAUUCGGACGGUGCGAGUCCGCCGGCCCCCCAAGGGGAAGCACCAGAAGUUCAAGCACACGCAUGACAAGAAGGCACUGAAGGAGACCCUCGGAGCCUAGGGGCAUCUGCAAGAGCGUGCGGGCAGGGUUAUUUAAUAUGGUAUUUGCUGUAUCGCCCCCAUGGGGUCCUUGGAGUGAUAAUAUUGUUCCCCUCGUCCGUCUGUCUCGAUGCCUGAUUCGGACGGCCAAUGGUGCUUCCCCCCCCUCCCACGCGCCUGUCCACCCACCAGCGGGUCCCCUCGUUGGCCUCCAGCGCCUUGGCCCGGGAGCUCGAGAAGGACACGAAGGACCUGAACUCCAUUGCUGUCUUCCUCCGCUGACCCCAAGAAUGUGGCAUAGAAGUGUAAGAGAGACCCAUGGGAUCGCCGUUCGGGGACCGGAGGAGCUUCCCUUCCCCAGCUCCUGGCCCGGGUCACACCUGAGCGCCGUGGACUGGCCUGAAACCCUGCACGUGGCCCUGAGGCCCUCUAGGCAUGGAUGGCCUGCCCGGUCCCAGGACCCCUGGCCCGCUCUGAAGGGAGCACCCCCAGGCAGGCCAGGGUGCCUCGUCCUCCUGUGGCUGGGACCACGCGUUGGACCGUAGACUGGAGAGAAAUCCUCCCACGGCGCCCAGGCCCAGUCACUUCUUUCUCCCCGGUCACCUCUGCUUAUAGUGGCUUCCUUUCGUUUUCUAUAUAUGAAAUCUUCGAAGAUGUGGACUCCUCUGGGUGGGCGUGGCCCGAGUACCCGGCAGCCAAGUGCCCCGUCAGAUGGGUUAGAGAUGAAGUUUGCUCUGGAGCCACCAUGGAUGGUGAUCUGGGCGCUCACUGCCUCCUUCCACUCCCCUGCCUUCACCUCCUCUGUUUCAUCUCUCUACCUCCACCCUGCGUCUUCCUCUUGUCCUGGCCUUCAGUCCGCUCCACCUCCACCGAGGGACUCCUUGGACCCCAUGCUGAGACCGUAAAUAACCCCACUCACUGCUCCAUUAGGCCGAAGACCAGGGGUCAGGGCAGCAGGGGGCCUGCGCUUCGUAUCCCAGCCCGGCCGAGACUGCCGUGUAGGUUCGUUGCAGGGUGUGCACUGUGCAAGGGCACCGCGUGCAGGGGUCGUUGUUCACGCCGUAGAACAUGGCCCGUUGGUGUAUUUGUUAGGACAGUUUUCUGGCAGUUGGAGCUAAAAUGUCUUGAGGAAAGGGAUCCUGUUCCUAAUCGACAUGAAGGUUCCAUGUGGACUGGCUAUGUCCCGACCCAGCCAAUGGCUUGGGGUGGUUGGACAGGAGAGUGAGCCCACGUUGGGUGGGGAGGCCACGCGUUGUCCAGCUGGCCUCUAUUUUCCUGAGUCCUCAGCUCAAGCAGUUCCCCUUCCAGGCGGGGCGUGAAAAACCCAAGAGAGAAUCUCCAAGGGAGGGGGCAGCCCUCGCUCUCCCUGGGCACGCUACCCCCCAGAGUAGAUUCUUUUGAGAUCCACCCGUGGUGGCUCCUCCCAGGAAACCAGCUCAUGGGCUGGGAGUGGGGGAGAAAAGGGAAAAGAUCCCCAGGGGUCCCUGGGGUGGGGUCUGAGCUCCCACCUCCCUCCCCUCCACCCCACUGCACUUUUCCCCCUCACCUCCCCCCUCCAAAAUCUGCUCUCUUCAGUUUGUAAAGUUGGUGAUUAUAUUUUUGGGGGCUUUCCUUUUAUUUUUUAAAUGUAAAUUUAUUUAUAUUCCGUAUUUAAAGUUGUAAAAAAAAAAUAACCACAAACAAAACCAAAUGAAUGAA